CGCAUGCGCCACGGCGUGGGCCAGCUCAGAAUGUUUAUGCAGACCAGACGCCCGGCUGAGCCCGAACCGGCUUUGCGGCGCAUGCGCGAUCGAGCCGUCCGCGGCCCCAGGCGGCAGAGGGGAAGAUGGCGGCGGUGGUACAGAAUGUGGUAAAGCUCCUUGGUGAACAGUACUAUAAAGAUGCGAUGGAGCAGUGCCACAACUACAAUGCCCGGCUGUGUGCCGAGAGGAGUGUUCGCUUGCCCUUCUUGGACUCGCAGACCGGAGUGGCCCAGAGUAACUGUUACAUCUGGAUGGAAAAGCGGCACCGGGGGCCAGGUUUGGCAUCCGGUCAGCUCUACUCCUACCCAGCUCGGCGCUGGAGGAAAAAACGCCGUGCUCACCCACCUGAGGAUCCGAGGCUUUCCUUCCCUUCCAUUAAGCCAGACACCGAGCAGACCCUAAAGAAGGAGGGCCUGAUCUCUCAGGACGGCAGCAGUCUGGAGGCCCUCCUGUGGACGGACCCCCUUGAGAAGCGCAGCCUGCCCGACCCCCGCACGGACGAGGACAGCCUGGGCGAGUUCCCCGUCACCAACAGCCGAGCGCGGAAGCGAAUCCUGGAGCCCGAGGAUUUCUUGGAUGACCUGGAUGAUGAGGACUACGAAGAAGACACACCAAAGCGUCGGGGCAAAGGCAAGGCCAAGGGGAAAGGAGUCGGGAGCGCCCGGAAAAAGCUGGAUGCAGCCAUUUUGGAAGAAAGAGACAAACCCUACGCCUGCGACAAUAGUUACAAACAAAAGCAUACCUCGAAACCUCCUGACCGAGUCUGUGGGAAGCGUUACAAGAACCGUCCCGGGCUGAGCUACCACUACGCACACUCCCACCUGGCCGAGGAAGAGGGCGAGGACAAGGAGGACUCGCAGCCCCCCACUCCUGUCUCCCAGAGAUCCGAGGAGCAAAAGUCCAAGAAGGGCCCCGAUGGCUUGGCCUUGCCCAACAAUUACUGUGAUUUCUGUCUUGGAGACUCCAAAAUCAAUAAGAAAACGGGGCAACCUGAAGAGCUGGUUUCCUGUUCUGACUGUGGGCGAUCAGGGCACCCUUCCUGCCUGCAGUUCACGCCGGUCAUGAUGGCGGCAGUGAAGACCUACCGCUGGCAGUGCAUCGAGUGCAAGUGCUGCAACAUCUGUGGGACCUCGGAGAACGACGACCAGCUGCUCUUCUGUGACGACUGCGACCGCGGGUAUCACAUGUACUGCCUCACCCCGCCCAUGUCGGAGCCGCCUGAGGGAAGCUGGAGUUGCCACUUGUGUCUGGACUUGCUCAAGGAGAAAGCCUCGAUCUAUCAGAACCAGAACUCUUCCUGAUGGGCCCUGGGGCUGUAGAGAAGAAAAGGGAGCUCUGAAGAUGAGCCGUCCGUGUCCGCUUUGUUACAGGGCUCUUUUCCUUUCUUGGUUUGGUCCUUUCCUAUACUGCCUCCUGCUCUUUGUCAGCAUUUCCUUCACCAGUUGGAUCGGGCCCCGCCGGCGCGCGCUGUCAUCCUGGCCCAGCAGGGCAGGGGGACUUCUCCCUCCCUCAGCUGCCGCCCGGGGAGAGGAAGGGCUGCCCCUUCCUCGUGAGACCCCCUGCCCGCGGCUGGCUGAGAAACACCAAACAGAGAUUGUCAUAUCUACGGCCUUAAUAAUCCAGGAGAGCCACGACCGAGCUGGGCACAGCCCUCCUCGCGCUUUCUCAGAGAAGAGCAGCCUCCUCUUGUCCGCUGCCCUGGUGCUGUCGGUUCGACAGCCGCUCCUCUGGCUUCCGGCGCCGAGCGGAGCUGGCAGCUUAAAGGAAGCCGCCUCGAAUGCUCUCGCGCCUGGCUUUGGCACCUUGCUCUGCAUCCCGGCACCAAGCCGGGGGCCUGGAAGACGUCGCAGAGGCCCCGGGGCUCUGCCGCCCAGGAUGUCGUGCUUGUUGCUCCUCCUCCACCAGAAGGCGGGUUUCUCCCCACCCGGGGCCGGUCCCGAGCAGCUCCCCGGCCUCGAGGGGUCGCGGCCCCAUGGAACCGAGCCUUGGCCUCCAGCACUGAGCGCUGGGGCAGGUGUGAAGACGGUGACUUUACCUCAUCCGGGGGGCUCUUCUGAGGCUCGCUUCGUCUUGGCCAGGUCUGGACCCCGAUCCAAAGAUCCCGUUCUCUGUUGACACAAACGGCUGUCUUGUCCUUCCACAUCGUUGCAAACACGCAGAAUUAGGACAUUUAUUUUUAGCCGGGGCACUGCUUCGUGGGAGUUAGAGAAAGCCCAGUUUUCUUCCGAGCAGAGAGCCCUCUCCACCUCACUUGGGCAAGCCCCUGACCAGUGCCCAACCUGGCCUGUCUGUUGAGCGGUGGAUAAAAACACGUUUUAAUCCCUGGAGAGCUCGUCCCACCUCUCGCCAGCGUUUUAGAUUUCCUUUUAUUCCAUCCCCCCUCCCAUGGCAUGAAUUGCUCCCUCCAGUGUCUGGCCUCUCCCGGAACGUGUGAGGUGCUCCGGGGGGGCCGUGCCGGCGGCUCUUCGCUUCCCUGGGGCAGGGCGUGAGUCCACCCCCUUCUGCACGGCCACAGGCAUUUGAACAGGCUCCCCAAGGUCAUGCGCCCCCUGGCACCUUCCACGAGCUCCGUGCCUCCCUGGGGCUCUUGGGCACAGGGCUUGGGGCUGCCCCCUGUGGGCCUGGCCUUACCCGGACACCUGCCCGCCAAGCCCCGAUCCUUCCACUGCGUGUGGGUGCAGGAGGAGGGCUGGGCCGGCGGUGGGAGGUGCCGUCGGCCAGCCGGAGCUCCUGCUCUUCCGGGAGGGAAGGCUCUCGCCCACGUCCAUCGCCCUCCUGCCUUUUGCCCCCACGCCAGAGAACCCCGUUCUAAUAACGCGCGACCUUUUAAAUGCAGUCCUUCGAGUCCCAUCCCUCCUUUCCCCCAUUUUUAGACGGCAGAGAUUUCUCCGGCAUUCUCGCUGGGAAAGGGAGAGGAGGCAUUUCUCUGGAAAAGGGUUCUGUGGAAUAUUAUACUCCUGAUGUGCCUCUCUUUUCUAAAAUUGACCUCAGACCUACCUCCAAAGUCCCCCCGCACACAUCCUCCCAAGCUCCCUCGAAAUGCGUUCAACCCGGCCCCGUCCGCGUCCCUUUUUCUUUGGGGUGGGUGGCUCAAGAAGGCUCGGGGGCCUGCGGGAAGGGGGUGCUGGAGCACCGUCCCUCCCCGGGUGGCAGGGUCUCGCCCACCCUGCACGCAGAAGUGGGGUCUCGUGGGUUUGGGUUCCUCUGCGGCCUGAAUGGCAAAGCCACCUUCGCUCUCGUUACCUCGCUAGGUGAAGCCCUGCUUAGCGACGCUGGAGGUUAGCCGUCAGAAAAGGGCAGGGGCGCUUUGCUGGCAGGAUGGAAGCUUUCGCCCCUCCGCUGCCACUGCUGCGUCGGCCGCCUUCACAGGACUAGAGGCCUUCAGGUUUAAAAACACCCGCGUGACCCUGUGAAGUCCAGGUUUUGGGGGGACGCCGAGGAAGGCCUCCCUCCGCACGCUGGCGGGGAGCCCCAGCUCCCCUCCACCGCAGCCCCCGGAGGGAAGCCUCUGGUCUUCCUGCAUUGGCAAUGGACGCAUUUCUCAGGGCUGGGCUGGGCGGGGAGACCGGUUUGGACGGAUGCGCGCAAGGAGCGGGGAGGCCAGUGGCUGAAGACGCUCGCGCUGGCAGUGUUGCUUUCCCACCCCCGGCAGGGGCCCUCCUUGCUGCCCGUGUCCCCGAAAAAGAAAAAAGCUGCCCAGUGAAACGCCCAGGCGGGGCUCGGACCUUCGCUCUGUGGGACGGGGAUGGUGGCACCUGGGUUUCUGCUCCGCUGCGGGAUGUCCAUGCUCAGGUUCUCCCGGUGCGCCGGCCAGGUGGGAAACAGGAUCCCCGCGAGCGGAUUCCUAGCCCUUGCAUCGCCACCACGCGAGGCCCUCGCUGGAACAAGACAUUCGGCUUCUCUGCCCCCCGUCCCCGCUGUUGCUGGGGUGCUCGGCCCUUCUGUGUUGUUCAGCCCCCCGGGCUCUCCGCCCUGUCCCCCCCCCACAUCGUCAUCCUCCUUUUCCCCAGUGUGCCAGCUGGUGGCUCGGCUUCUGAGCAGAACCGGAGUUGGAGGAGGCCCCUCAGCCCUCCAGCCCAUGCCCAUUUCGGGCACCCCUGGCAGACGGCUGCCCUGUCUCUCAUAUACCUCCAGCGACAGAGAGCUCGCCCCUCCCCAGGCGGUCGGUGCCCGCCAUCGCUUUGACUGCUGCAGCUGCUAGCGCGUUUUUCUUGAUGUUCAACCAAAAUCGGCCUUCCUGUAACUUAAGCCCACUAUUUUGUGUCUUACAGGCUUGGAUGAUGAAUGGGUUUGCAGAUGCUUUUAUAUGUUUGGAAUUCAUUGGGGGUUUUCUUAAAAGAUUGACGUUCUUAUUCUCCCCCUCUCAACCUUCCCCCCAUCUUUUUAUUGCAGUUGAAGCUAAAAUGUGUUUCAACGUUUAUUUUCAGCUACUGUAAUAAGCAUUAGUGAAUAAAUACCAUUUUUACAUGCAA